UAAAAAUAAAAAUAAAAUUUCUGGAACUAUAUUCGUUGAACCGUCAGGGAUAAGCCAGAUCGGGGGAUCUCUCGAGCUAGUUUUCUUUUAGUAGAUUAAGAUUUCAAUUGAUAAGCGUGUACUUGAAUUUCCUUGAAAAAAUGGGGGUAAUGUCGAGACGGGUUGUGCCCGCCUGCGGUAACCUCUGUUUCUUCUGCCCUUCGAUGCGUGCAAGAUCAAGACAGCCUGUUAAAAGAUACAAGAAGCUGCUAGCUGAAAUUUUCCCCCGUAAUCAGGAUGCUGAGCCGAAUGAUAGGAAAAUCGCUAAGCUCUGUGAAUAUGCUUCGAGGAACCCAUUAAGAAUACCGGAGAUUACAAGUAAUCUAGAACAAAGAUGCUUCAAGGAUUUACGGAAUGAGAACUUUGGAUGUGUGAAAACCAUAUUGUGCAUUUAUAGGAAACUGCUAUCAUCCUGUAAGGAGCAGAUGCCACUUUUUGCUUGUAGUUUAUUAGGGAUCAUUCGGACUCUUUUGGAGCAAACUCGACAGGAUGAAAUGCGAAUUUUGGGUUGCAAUGCUCUUGUAGAUUUCAUAAAUUGUCAGAUGGAUGGCACACAUAUGUUCCAAUUAGAGGGCCUUAUUCCUAAACUUUGUCAGCUGGCUGAAGAAGAUGGAGAUGAUAACAGAGCUUUGUGUUUACGUUCAGCAGGAUUGCAAGUUCUGGCUUCCAUGGUCUUCUUUAUGGGUGAACACUCUCAUAUAUCAAUGGACUUUGAUAGUAUCAUAUCAGUAACAAUGGAGAACUACAUGGACUUCCAAAUGUCCUCUGCUGAUGGAAGUAAAGUGGGUGAAAUUGGUUUGUCCGUCCCGGAUAUCAAUGAGAAGGCAUUUGAUACUUCCAAGAGUCCCUCUUACUGGUCAAGGAUUAUCUUGCGUAAUAUAGCCAGAUUGGCAAAAGAAGCAACAACUAUCCGGCGUGUUCUUGAACCUCUUUUUCAUAAUUUUGAUGCUGAAAAUCACUGGUCCCAAGAGAAGGGAGUUGCUUUGUCUCUUCUAAUGUACUUGCAGCUUGUAAUGGAAGAAACAGGACAAAUGUCUGACCAACUCUUGGCGAUCUUGGUGAAGCACAUGGAGCAUAAGAAUGUAGCCAAGCAACCUCAUAUACAAGUUAACAUUGUAAAUGUCAUAAAUCAACUUACAAAAAAUGCAAAGCUUCAGCCCUCAUCGGCAGUCAUCGGUACAAUAGCUGACUUGGUGAAGCAUUUACGAAAGUGCCUGCAAAAUUCAGCUGAAUUAUCAUCUUCUAGGGGUGAUCAUGAUAAAUAUAACACUGAUCUUCUGUUGGGCUUCGAAAAGUGUAUUUCAGAGCUCUCAAAUAAGGUUGGGGAUGUGGGACCAAUUCUUGAUAUGAUGGCUGUGGUACUAGAGAAUAUUUCGACCAACAGUAUUGUUGCAAGAACAACAAUUUCUGCUGUUCAACGAACAGCAGAAAUCAUCUCUUCCAUCCCUAACAUAUCAUAUCACAAGAAGACCUUCCCUGAUGCUCUUUUUCACCAGUUGCUCCAUGCAAUGUCCCAUCCAGACCAUGAAACUCGAGUUGGAGCACACAAAAUUUUCUCCAUUGUGCUUAUGCCAUCCUUGCUUUCGCCUUUGUCAGUUCAAAAUAAGAAAACUUCUGAGGCUGUUUCUUAUGACUUAUCGAUUAGUGCAACUGUGAAGCAGCUGUCUUCCCUUCGAUUAAGCAGCCAUCAAGUGAGUCUUCUUCUUUCAUCAGUAUGGGUCCAGGCGAAUUCCACUGAUAAUACUCCUGCAAAUUUUGAGGCUAUGGCCCGUUCCUUCUAUCUUGCAAUAUUGUUUACCCAAUCCAAGACCUCCAGUCACAUUGCACUAGUUCGGAGUUUUCAGUUGGCAUUCUCCCUGAGGAGCAUCUCUCUGGAUCAAGAAGGAGUUUUGCAACCAUCUCGCAGAAGGUCUCUAUUUACCUUGGCAUCCUACAUGCUUAUUUUCUCAGCCAGGGCAGGCAAUCUUCCAGAAUUAAUACCUAUUGUUAAAGCAUCUCUGACAGAUCAAACAGUUGAUCCUUAUCUCAAAUUAAUUGAGGAUAUGAGACUCCAGGCUGUGCAUGUGAAGUCUGAUGUGGACAGUGUAGCAUAUGGGUCAAAGGAAGAUGAUGCUGCUGCAUCAAAAACUUUCUUGGCAAUAGAGCUAGAUGAUCUUCAUUUGAAGGAGACAGUCAUUUCUCAUUUCAUGACUAAAUUUGACAAAUUUUCUGAGGAUGAGUUGUCAAGUGUUAAGAAACAAAUUCGUGAGGGCUUUUCACCAGACGAUGCAUACCCAUUUGGUGCUCCAUUGUUUAUGGAGACACCAAGACCAUGUUCUCCUCUUGCACAAAUAGAGUUUCAGCCAUUUGAAGAGAUUUUGCCUCUAGCCACAAUAACAGAUGAUGAAGCCUUCCCUGAAGCCAAUGGAAGUCAGUCAGAUCGCAAAGCAUCUCAAUCUCUCAGUACACUAGAUGUUUUAAGUGUCAAUGAACUUUUGGAUUCGGUUCUGGAAACGGCACGGCAAGUCGCAAGCUUUUCCAUUUCGGCCACACCCAUUCCUUAUGACCAGAUGAGGAGUCAGUGUGAAGCUCUUGUAAUCGGCAAACAACAAAAGAUGUCAGUGCUUCAUAGCUUCAAGCAUCAACAGGAUGGCAAGGCAACCCUGGAGGAAAACAAAAACGAGGUCCUCUGUUUACCGAAUAUGGAAGUAGAGCUUUAUGAAGACCUGAAGGUAAUUGGGAAGGAGCAAGCUCAUGGAAGGGGACAACUUGCCCUUUGUGCACUAGAAUACGGGCAACAUUCUUUCAAAUUACCACCCUCAAGUCCUUACGACAAGUUCUUGAAAGCAGCUGGAUGCUAAAGAGGUUUGGUGCAUAUGUACAUGUAGUUUCCAGAUAAUUGUCGAUUCUUUUCAUUUUUUUUUGUGUGGAUCCAUUGAAGCUUAAUCUACAAAUGCUCCAAAAUGGAAGAAGCGAGUAGGGGAGAGGAAGGAUGGGCAUGGUGAUGGCAUAGUAUUGGACAAGAGAGCAUUGUAAGACUUUGAUAAUUCUUUUGAGUCACAUUUGUAUGACAAUGCAAUUGUUUGGUUGAUUUAGAAGAAAGAAAAAAAACUCGAUUCCUUGGUUUUUCUUUA